AUGAUUAUAAGAAAUGCUACUCCUGAAGAUUUAAUAAAUAUGCAAACUUGUAAUUUACUUUGUUUACCUGAAAAUUAUCAACUUAAAUAUUAUUUUUAUCAUGGUUUAUCAUGGCCACAAUUAUCUUAUGUUGCAGAAGAUGAUAAUGGAAAAAUUGUUGGUUAUGUUUUAGCAAAAAUAGAAGAUGAUAGUGACGAUACAAUACCACAUGGACAUAUAACAUCUUUGGCUGUUCGUCGAACACAUCGUCGUCUUGGUUUAGCACAAAAAUUAAUGGAACAAGCAAAUCGAGCAAUGAUAGAAAAUUUCAAUGCUAAAUAUGUUUCAUUACAUGUACGUGUUAGUAAUCGUGCAGCAUUACAUCUUUAUCAAGAUGCACUUGGUUUUACAAUUCAUGAUCGUGAUCCACGUUAUUAUGCUGAUGGUGAAGAUGCUUAUUCAAUGCGACGUGAACUUGCCCCAAUGACAAAAACAUAA